AUACUUUUCAUCUGAGUACCUGCUCAGACUCUUUGCCUUCGUCUUGAUUGGCCGUCUUGGCCAAAAUCCUCUUGAAUGAUUUCAAACCAAUCCUUUGGAAGCGGGGGAGGACUGCGCUAAUUCCUAACCGGGAAAGGAUUCAAUCCCCCUACGUUUACCCCUCACGGAGGAGAAGCCUGAAGGCGUGUAUGGUCUUCGGAGCGUUCCUUUCUUGCCUGGAAUGAACAUGGAAUUUUCAAAAGUGCAAUCACAUUGCGCCUUCGUGAUUUAACGUUUACAGUGGGAUACUCCAACGUGGAUUUUACAAAAAAAUAUUUGCUGAUUUCAUGUCUGGUAAGCCUAGAUAUUUUAGAGCUACUGGCGUCCUAGAAUUAUCUGCACAUGCUACAGAGAAUAUCUCCACCACACAGUGACAUUUGCUAACGUUGACGUUAGGGCUCUUACAAUGAUGGAGCCAACGUUAUGACUCGAAAACCUAAUUUUUACGUUAAGAUAUCGAGCGUUUUAACUAUUGUUUUAUGAUAUAAUCAUAAAAUAUCGCAAUAUAGUCCAACAAACUGUAGAGUGUUUUAAAUUAGUUAACCCAAGCAACAUUCGACACGGCUGGCUGGACGUGGGUGGGAGGGAACGGUUGAUACGGGUGAAAGUCGUCAAUCAAGAUCAUAGAUUCCGUGGAGUUGUUGUAACUUGGUUAGUGUGAUCUGAUGAUUUUGAGUGAAACUGUGCAACAGAUUAGCAUGUAUUUGCAUUCCGUUACAAUGACUCAGUUGAGGCUCGGAUAACUGUUCUAACGCGGACCGUGGAAAUAAAUAUUAGCCUACCCGAGGAUAUGGCGAAAAAUUGCACUGACGGACUAAGGGAUGACCUUAGUAAGGUUUCAGACGAUGAACUAUUAAGAUGCAGCAAGGAGGAUCUGGUCAAAAGACUGAGAAAGGUGGACAGCGAGAAAAUGAACUUAAUGAUAGAACACGGCAACAUGAUGAAAGAUGUCAAUCGUCGGCUGCAGGUGCAUUUGCACGAGAUUCGAAAUCUGAAAGAGAUCAACCAGAAACUUCAGGAUGACAACCACGAGCUCCGGGAGCUCUGCUGUUUCUUGGACGAUGACAGGCAGAAGGGCAAGAAACUGUCACGGGAGUGGCAGCGCUUUGGCAGGUACACGGCGAGCGCCAUGUGGAAAGAGGUGGGCCUGUACCAGCAAAAGCUCAAGGAGCUCGAGGUCAGCCAAGAGAGCAUGGUGCGUGAGAAUUCGGACUUGAAAGAAAUCAUCCUCAUGCUGGACGAGGAGAGGAAUGGAGCGGGGUCACGAAGCUCCAUCGACAGCCAGUCGAGCUUGACCAACCUGAAUGGGGGGACGAACAACGUUCGAGACGUGGGAGACGGGAGCAGCACCUCCAGCACGGGAAGUGCGGGCAGUCCGGACCACCACCACAAUCACGCACACAAAACUGGGGAGACCAAAGUGGGGACGACCAUAAGGAGGUCUAUGGAUGACCUCUCGGCUCCACAUCACCACAGAAGUAUUCCUAAUGGUCUCAAUGAGUCAUCUUCAAAUUACAUCCGACAACUGGAGACCAAGGUGCGCAUUCUCGAGGACGACAAGAACAAGCUCCUCUCUCAGCCCGGAGGCCGAUAUAGCUUGUCAAAGAUACAAACCAAGCCUGGAGGCCGAUAUAGCUUGUCAAAGAUACAAACAAAGCAGCAAAGUAACCUUGGAGAUCUGCGCGCCCUGAGGAAGGGCAUGACCCUGUACCACUCUGAGUCGCAGCUGUCCUCACUGCCCCAGCGCCAGGAGGCCAUGCUCAACGGCACCAGGGGUCUGCCCACCAGCGAGUCCUCCCCUUCGGCUGGCUUCCUGAGCUCUGCGCAGAAGCCAGAGGCCGUGGUGCACGCAAUGAAGGUCCUUGAGGUUCAUGAAAAUCUGGACAAGCAGCUUCCUGAGGACUACGAGGAGGACCUCAGCGAGAAGGAAAAAGCUAUCGUGCGGGAGAUGUGCAACGUGGUAUGGCGCAAGCUGGGUGAUGCUGCCGGAUCAAAGCCGUCCAUCCGACAACACCUCUCUGGGAAUCAGUUCAAAGGGCCGCUGUAGCCGCCUCACCCGCUCUCUCUCUCCCCCGCUGUCUCUGUGGCACCCAGGGGAACAUGCUCACCCUGAAUCACCUACCCAUAAACCACUGCAGCGUUGGGACACAGCAGCAGCGCACCCCAAAGUGCUCCCCAUGUAGACAACAGAACACUGUCCUCAACCAUCUCUCCUAGUCGCUUUUAUAAACACACACACACACACACAACGAACUUCCUGCAUAAAACUUGGCACGCAGCUCCCACUUCCAUUCUGCCCCGCAAGCCUGCAAAUGGGGCAAAUGGGGCGUUUAAUGACCGGCAGCUUGUUCCACCAACACACGAACCAUCUCUGGCUCUUUCUCGAUGUUUACUUAGUAUUUCAAUAAGUGAUGAACAGACACCUCCCUUGUGUGUGUUACGUGCUGAACACCUUUCUCCACAGAGGGGACAGCUGCAGGCGAGCGUCGACUUCCCCUCACACAACAAACGUUUUUCUGCACUUCUGUAGUUUUUGACUCAGCUACACUUAUGGGUGUUUGCCACUAGUGAACCCACACGUGAAAAAACAACCUCCAGGUGUGUGUGUGUGUGUGUGUGCGUGUGUGUGGGUGACCAGUGCGCUCUUCCUCCCUCCAGACCGAAGUGUACUGUCGAUAGAAAUACUUCUCAGUAUGUGUAAAAUAAUGUACAAUUAAAGCAAACUUAGCACU